UCCACGCUACGCGAGCGCGAGCCGGAUGGACGGAAGGCCAUGGGGGCCUGGCCGAGGCUGCUGCUGUCGCUGCUCUCCGGGGCCGGUACCCGGGGCUGUGUCCGCCGCUCCCCGUGGCGGCCGCGGUCAUCUGGUGUUGACAGUGAUGCCUUAAAAGACAGAAGAGCACAGAUCAUGGCUCGAGGACUUCCAAAGCAGAAACCUAUAGAAGGUGUUAAACAAGUCAUAGUAGUGGCUUCUGGAAAGGGGGGUGUUGGAAAAUCUACCACAGCAGUGAAUCUUGCACUUGCUUUGGGAGCAAAUGAUUCGUCAAAGGCCAUUGGUUUGCUGGAUGUGGAUGUAUAUGGCCCUUCAAUUCCAAAGAUGAUGAAUCUUCGAGGAAAUCCAGAAUUAUCAGAGAGCAACUUAAUGAGACCCCUCUUGAAUUAUGGCAUUUCUUGUAUGUCUAUGGGUUUCCUGGUAGAAGAGACAGCACCGGUUGUUUGGAGAGGGCUUAUGGUGAUGUCAGCCAUAGAGAAACUGAUUAGGCAGGUGGACUGGGGUCAGCUGGACUAUUUAGUUAUUGACAUGCCACCAGGAACAGGGGAUGUACAGUUAUCAGUCUCUCAGAAUAUCCCGAUUUCAGGAGCUGUGAUUGUCUCCACUCCACAGGACAUCGCACUGAUGGAUGCCCACAAAGGAGCUGAGAUGUUUCGGAAAGUCAAUGUUCCUGUUCUGGGUCUCAUCCAAAACAUGAGUGUUUUCCAGUGUCCAAAAUGUAAACAUGAAACUCAUAUUUUUGGAGCUGAUGGUGCAAAGAAACUAGCAAAAACCCUUGGUCUUGAUGUUCUAGGUGACAUUCCAUUACAUCUUAAUAUAAGAGAGGCGUCAGAUUCAGGCCAACCUAUUGUGUUUUCACAACCUCAAAGUAAUGAGGCCAAAGCUUACCUGAGGAUAGCAGCUGAAGUUGUGAAAAGAUUGCCACGGCCACCAGCGUGAUAUCCCAAGUGUUAACACCUGGAGACAUUUACCGAGAUGCCGUCAAUAAAAUGACCUUUGGAGAUCAACAGGUUUAAACCCAUAGAAAUGGAUUAAUGAUCAAAUUUCUGUUUCAUCGUAGAUAUAAAGGAAUCAUGUUUUGCUCUGGGUUCGUCUACAAAUAAAAUGUUUACAAUAGGAA